GAGGCGCCGUUCCCGCCCCCUCCGCUCCUGCAGCCGCCACACAGGUUGCCCCCGGGAGCGUCUGAGGCGGCGCGGGCCGCUGCAGGCUCAGGCCAGGCGGCGAGCCACCCGAGCCGGCGUACGAGGCCCAGCCAGCCAGUCGCCCUGACCCCACCGCCCGAUGUCCUCAAGAUGGAGGCAGCGGGGGCGGCGGCAUAAAGAAAGCGGAGCUGUGGGCGCGGGGGCCCCGGCGGCCCGGGCGGCGGCAGUGGCGGGAUGGGGCUGCUGUUCAUGAUCCUGGCGUCGGCCGUGCUGGGUUCCUUCCUCACGCUCCUCACCCAGUUCCUGCUGCUGUACCGCAGGCAGCCCGAGCCGCCGCCGGACGAGGCAGCGCGCGCGGGCGAUGGCUUCCGGUACAUCAAGCCGGUGCCCGGCCUGCACCUCAGGGAAUACCUCUAUGGCGGCGGCGGGGCUGAAGAGCCCGCCAGUGGGUCGGCGGAGGGCUCCGGGAGCCCAACCUCGGCCCCCGAGACUCCCGCCUUGCCGACGCGGGAGACCUGCUACUUCCUCAACGCCACCAUUCUGUUCCUGUUCCGGGAGCUGCGGGACACUGCGCUGACCCGCCGCUGGGUCACCAAGAAGAUCAAGGUGGAGUUCGAGGAGCUGCUGCAGACCAAGACGGCCGGGCGCCUGCUGGAGGGGCUGAGCCUGCGGGAUGUGUUCCUGGGCGACACGGUGCCCUUCAUCAAGACCAUACGUCUCGUCCGGCCUGUGGUGGCCUCGGCCACCGGGGAGCCCGAUGGUCCCGAGGGGGAGACCCUGCCCACCACCUGCCCAGAGGAACUGGCCUUCGAGGCCGAGGUGGAGUACAACGGGGGCUUCCACCUGGCCAUUGAUGUGGACCUAGUCUUCGGCAAGUCCGCCUACCUGUUCGUCAAACUGUCCCGAGUGGUGGGGCGGCUGCGCUUCGUCUUCACCCGCGUGCCCUUCACUCACUGGUUCUUUUCCUUCGUGGAGGACCCGCUGAUAGACUUCGAGGUACGCUCCCAGUUUGAAGGGCGGCCCAUGCCCCAGCUCACCUCCAUCAUUGUCAACCAGCUCAAGAAAGUCAUCAAGCGCAGGCACACCCUGCCCAAUUAUAAGAUCAGGUUUAAGCCAUUUUUCCCAUACCAAACACCUCAAGGAUUUGAAGAAGAUGAAGAGCUUAUCCACAUACAACAUUGGGCACUUACUGAAGGCCGUCUUAAAGUUACGUUGUUGGAAUGCAGCAGGUUAUUCAUUUUUGGGUCCUAUGACAGAGAGGCAAAUAUUCAUUGUACACUUGAGUUGAGCACUGGUGUUUGGGAAGAAAAACAAAGGAGUUCUAUUAAGACGGUUGAAUUAAUAAAAGGCAGUUUACAAAGUGUUGGACUUACACUUCGUCUUGUUCAGUCAACUGACGGGUAUGGUGGGCAUGUCAUAAUUGAAACCGUGGCCCCAAACUCACCUGCUGCAAUUGCAGAUCUUCAGCGGGGAGAUCGACUCAUUGCUAUUGGAGGUGUGAAAAUUACCUCGACACUGCAAGUGUUGAAGCUUAUCAAGCAGGCCGGGGAACGAGUUUUGGUGUACUAUGAAAGGCCCGUUGGCCAGAGUAAUCCAGGUGUGGUGCUACAGGAUAAUCUCAGCCAGUUGGAAGAAAACUUUCUGUCCAGCUCAAGCCAACCAAGUUAUGAAGAGGAAGCUGUGGGGCUGGCAGUGGAUACUGAAAACAGAGACAUGGAUUCUGAAUAUGAAGACCUGGCAAGUGAUGUCAGAGUACAAAAUGAGUUCAAAGAUGAGGCACAACCACUAAGUCAUAGUCCCAAACGGACUCCAACAACACUUUCUAUUAAACCCCUCGGCACUGUAUCACCAGUUUUAAACCGUAAAUUAGUUGCAGGAAGUCACCCACCACCACCAAAAAUUUCUUCCAAAGAAGCAGCUAAACCAUUGGCCCUAAAAACUUCUGAGGUAACAGACCUAAUACAAGUGUCAAAACCCACCCAAGGAUCCACUUUUAAACCACCUGUGCCACCACGACCACAAGUGAAAGUUCCAUUGCCUUCUGCUGAUGCCCCAAGUCAGGCAGAACCAGAUACUCUUGUUGAAAAGCCAGAGAAGGUGCUGCUUCCUACUCCAGUAGACAAGUCUGCCGAAAAGCAGGUGAAAAGUGUAGAUCAGGUAGAAGAUUUGAGCACAUCUAAGCAGUUUUUAGCAAAGCAAGAAGUGGCUAAAGAUUUUACUUCAGAAAGUUCCUGCCCUACCAAGGACAAUACAGAUGACCGUCACACAUGGGAAUCAUCAGAAAUUCUUUAUCGUAAUAAGCUAGGAAAAUGGACAAGAACCAGAGCAUCCAGUUUGUUUGACAUAGAACCCUGCCACCGAUACCUAAACAUUGCACUGUGGUGUAGGGAUCCUUUCAAGUUGGGGGGUCUCAUCUGUUUGGGACAUGUAAGUUUAAAGCUUGAAGAUGUGGCCCUAGGAUGCCUAGCUACAUCAAACAUGGAAUACGUUUCCAAGUUCAGACUGGAAGCUCCUGCACCUAAGGCCAUGGUCACUAGAACUGCACUACGCAACCUGAGUAUGCAAAAGGGCUUCAGUGACAAAUUUUGCUAUGGUGACAUUACUGUUCACUUCAAGUAUUUGAAGGAAGGAGAACCAGACCACCAACUAGUUACUAAUGUGGAGAAAGAAAAAGAGUCUCACUUAAUUGAAGAAGUUUCUGUCCUCCCUAAAGAGGAGAACAUUACUGGACAGAUGAGCUCCCCAGAAACUAAGCAUAGUUUCCAGGACACUCAGUUCCAAAACCCAACGUGGUGCGAUUACUGUAAGAAAAAAGUUUGGACAAAAGCUGCCUCCCAAUGUAUGUUGUGUGCUUAUGUUUGCCAUAAAAAAUGUCAAGAAAAAUGUCUAGCUGAGACUCCUCUUUGUGGAGCAUCUGAGAGGCGGACAGACCGGAUUCUAAAAAAUCUGAGGCUGGAAGGUCAGGAGCCCCUCAUAGGCGUACCUCCUCGUGUUGAUGCUGAAACUAACAAGUCAGUCAAUAAAACAACAGGUUUGACACGGCACAUUAUCAAUACUAGCUCUCGUUUGCUAAAUUUGCGUCCAGUCUCUAAAAGUCGCUUUUCUGAACCUGGAACUGAUCUUGUAGAGCCCUCACCAAAACACACACCCAACACAUCAGACAAUGAAGGCAGUGACACAGAAGUCUGUGGUCCAAACAGUCCUUCCAAACGGGGCAACAACGCAGGAAUAAAGUUAGUGAGAAAGGAAGGUGGGCUGGAUGAUAGUGUUUUUAUUGCCGUUAAGGAAAUUGGCCGUGAUCUGUACCGGGGCUUGCCUACAGAGGAAAGGAUCCAGAAGCUAGAAUUUAUGUUGGAUAAACUACAGAAUGAAAUUGAUCAGGAGUUGGAACACAACAAUUCCCUUGCUAGAGAAGAAAAAGAAACAACUGAUACAAGGAAAAAAGCACUGCUAUCUGCUGCUUUGAUUAAGUCAGGUGAACGACUACAAGCUCUAACACUUCUAAUGAUCCACUACAGGGCAGGCAUUGAAGAUAUUGAAACUUUAGAAAGUCUGUCUUUAGACCAGCACUCCAAAAAAAUAAGCAAAUAUGCAGAUGAUGCAGAAGAAGACCUUGAUAGUGAAAUCAGCCAAUUGAUAGACUCUCAGCCAUUCAGCAGCAUCUCAGAUGACUUAUUUGGCCCGUCUGAGUCUGUGUAAUGGACCUACUAUUUAAACUUCGAAAUGAUUGGGAGAAAGAUGCAUCUAACUUAUCACGAAUGGAACUACAUUUCAGUUCUCUUGUAAUGCCUGCUUCUCCAGUUAUUUGCUUGUGUAAGAAAGAAUGAACAAAGUUUUCCAGCAAAAACAUGACCAGCUCACUAAAUCAGUUGUUUCAGAUUGCAUUUAUAGCUAUGCCUUUUUGGAUUUAUACUGGGGAAUUUAUUUUUACUAAUUUAUUUUUAACUUUUUCUAAUUAUGUAAUUAUGUAAGCUAACUUUUCAUGUUUAUGUGUAUGUGAUGUCUCACUGUUACUUUUUCUUCCUGUUCUUUUUGAAUUAAUCUUAAAUAGGAUACAGUCCAGAUCCUUGAAAUGCUUUUAUUUCCAUUAGGGUUGUAAUAACAAAUUUGCUGCAUGCCCAAAUUGACAAAAUCAAUCUUUGAGGGAAUAAGUUGUGGAUCUUUUGUGUUAUAUUUUGAGAUUUUGAGGGUUUUUUGUUUUGCCAAAUGUAAAAUGAAACCAGAUGCUACAGCUUUAAUCUAUUAUGCUGAUUUAGUUUAAAAAAAAAAAGAAAAACAUUUUUACAUAUGUUGCUUGCUUUCUAUGCUUCUGUGAAAUUUUUUUCUAAAGCUUUUGUGAACCUGAAAUACAUUACAAAUAGUGAUUUGAUGAACUUACACUGAAAAACAAAAUGUAACAGGGAAUAUUAAAUAACAUUUGGUCAAGAAUCUUACAGAAGGGGUAACAACAUUUAAUUACUGCAAAACAGUAGACAGUAGGAUUUUUGAAAUAUCUUUCAGAAUGUCAGUGCUUUCCGUUUAAGUAGAAGUUCUAAUAAGCAUUCAUGCUCUUUUUCAUCUUUAGUUUUCUCAUAGGAAGUAAAGCAUGUACAAGGAUAUUUAAAGUUUCAGCGAAUUGUUCUUAAAAUGAUGGUGUUGAUAACUAGCUUUGUUUUAAAAACAUUUUCACAUAGGAAUAUGUUGUAAAUGAGAGGGAUCAUGUAAAAUAUAUUUAUUGCUUCAUCUGGGGUUUUUAUAGCCUUAAAGGAAUGGUAAUCAUUCUGAAUGCUUCCAUAGUUCAGAAUGUCUUCACUCAUUAAAAGUAAAAGAAAUAACAAUAUUACAUAGGACUUGAGAACCAGUUCUCUGAAAAGAGCUACUCCAAUAUUGGAUCCAUCUAUGGAUGCCAGUGACACAUGACUGAGGGAAAAUACGUAAGCUUGACCUGUUAUUGUUAUACCUUAAAAGUGUGAGCCUGUUAACUUGCCUCAAAAUAAAUCUGUAUACAUUUUUUCCUUUAAUAGGAAAUGGCUCUGCUAACUUGAUACGUAAAUUGGCAUGAGUUUAAGAGUAGAUUGCACAGCUUUGAUGGCUGGCAGGAAAAGGCAGAGAAGAGCAGUAACACUGUGCCCAGCCUGUAGUCCGGACUCCAUUCAGGAGCUCUUCCAUUAAUGAACUCCGUGACCACCGACAGGCAAGUCACCGAGAGAGAGCUCACUGCAGUGGUUCCCCAUCUCCAGCGUGAGGGUGGUACUACUUCCUCUAACUACCUCACAGGAUUGUUACGAGGAAAAUAGUAGCAUAACUGCACAAGGGCUUUGAACAUAAAAGCUAUACAAAGAAAAACAUCUUUGCAGGCAGAAGUUAUUCCAAUUUUACACAAGUAGCCAACUUUCAUUCCCAUGCUAUUUUAUUAAGUGAAAUAUUAGGUCAAUAAAUACCUUCUAGGGAGAUCAGGUUUAUAACAGAAAUAUAUCUGGAUACCCCCCUGCUCAUUGUUUAUUUAAGCAUGCUCACAUUUUAACAGAACACUGGUAUUGAAGGCUUUCCACACCAAACUCCCUGAAAGCUAAAAUGUUCUACAGCAUCUACUUAAACAGUCUGCCCAGUGUAUAACCAUGUGUCAUCUUGUAAACAGUACCUUGCCAUUGUUAACCUGGGAGGUAGAGUGUCUAUAAUUGGCAGGUGUGCCUGGGUUAAACCAUGGUACCAAAGCAUCUUCCUGAAACCGAGUCAUUUGAAAGAGCUGUAGAAAUAAUGCAAAACUUUGGUCUCAUAAGAAUCUACUCAUGUUUUAAAGUAUUUAACUCUAGAACCACAGUUAUGGAAAGCUCAGUAAUGCUGCUAAUGAUAUUUGUAAAAUACCACCUUGAUGUAGCACAGUAUUUUUCUAUCUGCUAGCUGAAGCAGUAGAGGCAUCAUGGUUGUACUUUAGCGUAAGGAGGCUACACUGCAAACAGCCUAGAGUAGUGUGAAGUGUAGGCUUCAAUGGCAAAACUUGUAUUGUAUUACAUUACUGAUGUAAUCUUGCUGCCAUGCUAUGUUAUCAAUAGCUUAAAGAUAAUAAAGACUACUACACAAAAACA